GCUGAAGUCUGAGGAAGAUCUGAAGUAUUCCAUAAUAUCCUGUCUCUCUGAAUGUGCUCCUGGUCCACAUGCCUUCAUCUUAGUGCUGCAAGUGGGAAGACACACUGAAGAAGAGAAAGAGUCUGUGAAGAUGAUACUGAAGUGGUUUGGGGAGGAAGCCCUGAAACACACAGUUGUCCUUUUCACACAUGGUGAUGAGCUUAAAAACCAGACCAUUACAGAGUUUGUAGAUAAGAACAAGGAUCUGAAGGAACUUGUUGAUAAGUGUGACGGCCGAGUCCACGUCAUUGACUCUAAGCACUGGAACAGAAAAGAUAAAAAUGCUCAGUCUGCAGAUCUAAAGAAAAGGAUGAUAGAGAAGAGAGAAUCUGGGGAAUCACAGGCUGUUCAGGCACUGGAAGACCUGAAGAACCAGAUAUUACAGCAAAGAUCCUCAGCACCUGAUCAGGAACCAGGCCAAGGUUCAGGAAGACCUACAAAGUCUGAUGGAAACCUGGAUGAAUCAGAGUACAGGAGCAACAGCUUUCAGAUUAAACAGCUGCUGACAACUAUAGAAAACAUGGUGAAAGGGAAUGAAGGUCGUUGUUACACAAAUGAAUCACUUGAGCUCAUUGCAGAAGCUAUACAGGAUGAGGUAAAUAAAAUAAUACAAGACAGAAUGAAAGAGUUUUUGGAAGAAGCCAAAAGUAGAGUUAGAAAGAAUAGGGAAAGUAUGACUGAAUCCCAGAAGCUAGACAACAUAGAAGCUAUAGAGCAUGAGAUAUAUAAAAUAAUAAAAGAGAGACAGACAGAAAUUUGGAAAGAAGCCAGAAAUAAGAUUUUAAAAUCAGGAGUAGCAGGAGCAGCAGUUGGAUCUUUGCUGGGGCUCCUGCAUGGAGUCGCUGUUGGAGCAGCUGUACCAUUUGUGGCAUUAGCUGGACUUUUCACUGCAGGAGUAAAGUCAAUACUGGGCAUUAGAUCCAAAAAAACAGAAGUUAAUCCAAGAAAUAUAACAGUUGUAGAAGCAGUUGAAGGAGUAACAGAGAUAGCUGGGACAACGGCAGAGGUAGCAGUCAGGGAUACAGGGGCAGCAGCAGCAGCAGUGGGGGCAACAGGGGCAGCAGCCAAAGCUGGAGAAACAUGCGUCGAUACCAACCAUGCAGCCAAGGAAGCUGCGAAAGCUGCAGGGCAGGCAGAGCUAUCUGCAGUGAAGGAAGGGUUGGAUGCCACACAAAAACCAGUCAGUUUUAAGGAUAGUCCUUACAAAAAACGUUUGUAGCUACUCUCUGAAGAUUUGGUGACUCUUCAAAUGCUGUAUGUGGAUCAGGGAGGUUUUGAAGAACAGUUAUGAACCAUCAGUUCUGCAUACUGUGUGUGUGUGUCUCUCAUGCAGAGUAGUGAUGUGUUAGUCAUGAGUGAAUCAGCUCUAUGAGCCCCUUUUACAUGAACAAUGGGGGCCAGCUCCAAUCUGAGAGCUGAUUUUCUUUCUCUUUUUUUGUAAAUAUUAAUACAAGACUUUAGUUAUUUAUAUUCAGAAAGAAUCUUCUUCACAAUGGGGCAGAUAACAUAGCAGAAAAGAAACCAGAUCAAACCCUCUAAUCUGAGGCAUUUUUUUUCUUAAUGCCAUCUGCCAUAAAGACAAGCUUAUAAUGUGUCUUGCAAUAAGACCAGGGAAGCAGGAGCAGGAAAACAGAGAAUUGGGGAAUGAGGGAACAUUCCCCAAUGUUUAUUAGGAAAACAGCUAAACAAUGAGGGAACUGCUGGGACCGGGACGUCCGCCCCCGGGACUGGAACCUCGGAGGGCGGAGCCUUUUUAGCGAGCCUGGGGACAUGCGGGAUAGUAUCCCUAAUGGACCUGGCCCCUUUUAAUGCCAGGCGCGUCCCCAGAAAGGGGCGAGCUGCUGACCCAGGCAGCAAAGCAGUGGGCUGACGAUCCUUGGAUGUCCGCUGUGGAUCGGCGGGAAUUCCUGGGGAGGUGAAUACCGCCGGGUUGAGGAUCGGGAGAGGUUCCUCCCGACUCGCAGUUGGACAGGCAGCAGAGACAGAGAGAGCCCCUAGGGAGAGCUCUGGUGCAUCCUCCCAUCUGCGGCUUUUCCGCUUCUUUCUCCUUCCUGCAGCAGGUAGCAGAGUCUGGGGCACCUCGGGUAGCUGACAGCGGACCAUAGGGUAAUCCACUGUCCAUGGCUACCCGCCGCAUCGUGGACUCCACCACGCCUCUUCUCAGCUGCGGCACAUUCUCGCGCACCUCAUCAGUGAGGUGCGCAUCCUCGAAUGGGGACAUGCUCUCCAAAAUAUCCCCGGUAC